AUGAACUCGUUACUGGCAGCAACACAUAAGAUGCGCAUUUUACAAACUCCGUUUAAGUGGUGUUUAGAAAUUGUAGAUCCUUUAGAGGUGAACCUAAAAUUGUUGAAAAAGAUGGUUCGUCGAUGGGUUCCCCACCAUCAGUCGUUUAGAGUUAGCCAACAUCUGGUGCCUUUCAAUGUGCAAGAUGUGUUCAUGACUUUAGGGUUAGGAGUAGGGGGUUUGGAUGUUCCUUUUGAUGAAUCAGUUGUGGGUAAAGUUGGUGAAUCCUUUAAUUCAAAAUGUACGAAAUUGAAAGACCUCAUAGAUAUGUUCAAUGUGCUUGUAGGUAAUGAUGAUAGUGAGGUAGAUGUGGUGUGUCGCUUGUAUGUAUUAGUUUGUUUUGUGGUGUUCUUUUUUCCUAGGAAGGCAAGAUAUGUGUCGAACAUGCCUUGUUUAGUCUUAGAUGACUUAGACAGUUUGUCUAGUUAUGAUUGGAGUAGUGCUGUACAUAAAUAUCUUGUAGAUAGUCUAAAUAGAUGUAAUAAGAAACUACUUUCUGGAUGGAUUGCUGAUUCAUUGAGCAUAAGUGGGAAUGCUGUUGUUUUGCAGCUUUGGGCGUAUGAUCGGCUUGGUUUGCAUGAUGAUUGUUCUGCCAAGGAAUUUCCGCGCGUACAAUUUGAUUGGUACCUCAGUGAGAAUGAUUGUUUAAAUCCCAUCAUACGUCGUGCUUUCAAUUUGGAUGAGGGAUUGAGGCGUGAAGGUUCCAAGCGUGAAGAAAAACCAGCUGAAAAUGAAUAUGGUGAAAAUUGGCUAUUAGCCACUUUGGAAAAACUGAGAACAAACAACGCCAGGAUAAGAAAAGUCAGAGAUGAAAUUGCGGCUGUUAGGAAGGUACUUGGUGGUCGUCUAAAGUAUCGAAAGGUGGAACAAUCUCCUUCAUUUCAUGAACAACCUGUAGAUGAAAAAGAUGAAGAACCUGCAGAUGAAGAAGAUGAACAAGCUGCAAAUGACAAACCUGCUUCUACAACUGUUGAAGAAGAUGAACAAGCUGCAGAUGACAAACCUGCUUCUACAACUGUUGAAGAAGAAGAACGAGUACCCCUUCACCAUGCAGAACUUUUGACUGACAUUGGCGAUGGUGUUCAUCAUGGCGAAGGAGAUGUCGUUGUACAACCAUUUUGUUCAGGUCCUGAAGGUGUUGGUCAUGUUGAAGGUGAGGAUGAAGAACCAGCUUCUACAAUGGUUGUACAAGAAGAAGGAGUAGCUGGUGAUCAUCCAAUAGUUGUCAUUGACGUUGGCGAUGGUGUUGAUGAUGUGGUGGAUUUGGAUAUGUUGUACCACGCAGUUACGCGAAGAGACAUUCCACGGAGGUACGUCUCUGAAAUUAUGUACAACUCAACAAUGUUCAUGUACUUUGAAAAAAGGUUGACUGGAGUCAUAAAGAGGAUUGUAUUCAGUCCUAUGUUUGGGACCCAUGUCCUGCACGACUAUAGGAAACGACCAGUGAAUCAACAUGUGUGGCAACUUCUUGACUACCAGCCAUAUUUUCGAUACGAUCUGGUUCGACUUCAGGCCUUAUUGUCUGCUGAUUGGGUGUUCAUCCCAAUUGUAAGUGAUGGUCAUUGGUGGUGUUAUGCACUGAAGGUCUGCACUUUUCAGUUUUAUGUCAUAGACUCACUUGCCAAUGGUAUCAAAGGACGUUGUCGGAUUGAUAGAAGCAUUGCUCAAAAUAUUCAACGCUUUUGGGGUUUGUUGACGGAUAAACUUGAAGAAUCUAAGUGUCCUUUGUUAGUUCAGAAAGCCAACAUCCCAGUCCAACCAAACACAUACGAUUGUGGUGUAAUCAUGAUGAAAGCUAUUGAAAUUUGGGAUGGAGAGGAGAAAUAUGAUGGGAAAAGCAUGCCUGAUUAUACAAAUGAAGAGUUGGCUGCGUUUAGGAAAAAGUAUGUAUGUGACUGGAUCCUGGACGAGGACAACGUGCGAAGAUUGGAGACGCUGCAACAUUUUGGAUUACUUUGGAGUGAGUUUAUUCAUUACCUCAUAAGGGAAUGGGACAGGAUUAGGGUGGCCCGAACAUUGUGUUUUGAUGACUGCAUGAAGGAACUGGCUAAGGCAGGGGUGGGAAGGCAGUAUUGGGGUUAUGUAAUCGAUUACAGUGACGCUGUAAUUGCUUACGAUUGA